CCGUGCGUAUUGCGUCAUCGUCAUGGUCGCCGCUGCCGUACAGUCAGCCUAGAAGGCUGCCAGGCUCUCCUCUUGCGCUGAUAGGCGGAAGAAGAGAGGGAAAGAAAAGGACCCGGAUGCCGGGAACAUGGAGUUCCCUUUCGACGUGGACGUCCUCUUCGGGGAGCGGAUCACGACGGUGGACCAGCGCUUGCUGCCCUCGGGGCGAAGGGGAGCCGGCCUGUCCACCACCCACAGGAUGGACCUGCAGCAGCAGCUGAUGACAGUUAUAGAUGAGAUGGGCAAAGCCUCUGCCAAGGCCCAGAAUCUGGCAACUCCAAUCACCAGCACCUCCCGAAUGCAAACCAACCGCCAUGUUCUCUACAUCCUGAAGGACAGUGAAGCCAAAACGGCUGGAAAAGGAAUUAUCAUUGGCUUCCUCAAGGUUGGAUACAAAAAACUCUUUGUACUGGAUCGCAAUGGAGCUCAUAAUGAAGUGGAGCCCCUGUGUGUCCUGGACUUUUACAUACACGAGUCUCUCCAGAGGCAUGGCUAUGGCAAGGAGCUCUUCCAUUACAUGUUACAGCGGGAACGAGUAGAACCCCACCAGUUGGCAAUCGACCGUCCCUCAGAGAAACUGCUGUCCUUCCUCCGGAAACACUAUUGUCUCAGUGACACUAUCCCUCAAGUGAACAACUUUGUGGUUUUCCAGGGCUUCUUCAGCUACCAGCGUGCUCCAAUGAGAAAGAUGCCUCCAAAACGUCAUGAGGGGGAGAUCAAACCAUACUCCCUAUCAGACCGAGAGUUCCUGAAGGAAGAGGUUGAACCGCCAUGGCCCUUCAACCAGUCUCACUCAAUGAUCCGCUCCAGCAGUGUAGGGAACUCCCCGGUGCGGGGGUGCCUCAAGCCUUUUCUCAAUGAACAGGAGCUGCUGAAGAAUCUGCGCCUCUGCCCUCCGCACUCGACUGCCCAGCAUCUGAUGAACGGGGAGCCCUGUGAUUCAGUUUCACAGAGGCGGAGAACCAGCUCUCUGAAUCGUACUGAAAACAGUCAUUGAUCGCCGGUCUUUGCUGUGUCUCUCCAACUCUUGGGCCUCCAAUUGUGUCUUGAGUUCUUUCUAGAAGUGAGAUUUGGUUUUACAUCCAAUUUCCUCAUCCCCUUCUUUUUUAUAAUAUUUUAUGGGUAGGAUAUCUAAGGAUGUGGACUUAUUUAUAUGGUGUGGGACUGUGAGAGUUCUUUGGGGGUGGGGUGGGGUCUGUCUUUACUUUUUUAUGCCAUAAUCCCCAAAAGCCCUUAAGAAAAGGAACUUAGCUGCAUUUUACAAGAGCACAUCCUUUUGCUUGGCUUAAAAAGGUCUUUCGGAGUAUUUAUUAUGUUGUGCUUCAGUUCCAAAGCAAACAGAGUUUAUAGGUGGAAAUGUAGGUGUUUGAGACAAAAUAUCCUACAAUGUAUUACACAUACUCAGAACUGCAGCCUUUUGCCAAACAGACCUGCCUUGAGCUCUUGUCAGUGCUUUGUUGUGACUGUUAGAAAUGGAUCCAAAGAAGAAAAUGGACAGAGGACUCCUAUAAAUUACCACAAUUCUAGAAGACAUCUCUUUUUAAAGGUCUGGUAAGAGCAAAGUCUAGUUUUCAGCAAGGUUAAGCAAUCCGCCUCAGAUGGCAAAUUUCGCAGUACUGUUUAAAAAAAGAUCAAGUUAUUUAAGUGAUGGUUCUGCAGCUCUUUGAACAAGGCAUAAUUUUGCCCUUUGGCCAUCUAUUAUUUUUUCUUAGAUUGGAGGUAGAUGGUUGCUUUUAUUUCAUGAAUUGGAGGUAAUAGGGAAGAGGUGUUGAUGCCUUUGGUGCAUAUGGUUUGUGCUGUUUAUCUGGUAAGUAGAUUUUGUAGUGAAUUUGCCACUUUAGAGGUUCCUCAAGUCAGAGCAGCUGCCUGGGAGGAUGUCAUAAAAGCUCAUGAUGUCAAUGUUUGUUUAGUCAGCAGAAGUCCUUUCCAUUUUUCAUCAUUUUUCUGAUCAAAUAGAUUCUCAUCUGUGGAUAUUUGUGGCCCUACAUAUAUUUAUUUAGCCUUUAAAGUGCCACAAGUCCUUAUUUUGUUUGGUACGUUUUGUUGAUGACUCCAUUCAAAAUGAUUGUCUUCAGGAAGCCAGGCAAAACUUUUAUGGAAUGGAACACAGUUGGUUUGUUCUCUUUCAGGCUGUUUGUGAUGAUUCACUGACUUAGAAAUAUGGGGCAAGCUAGAGAAUGAGUAACAUGGAUAUGUGGGUAGGCUACCCACCUUUGUGGACAUAUUUGAAAAGCUUGAAAAAGGAUGGGAAGCUAUGAGGGGAUCAAACAAAUCAAUCCCAAAAACCUGGAUCAACUGAUCCGUGAGUAAGUAAGUAUAGGACGUUGACUCUUAUAAAACAAAACAAAAAUAGAACCAUCCCCUUUUUUGAGUAAAUGGUGAAAGGCAAAAGUUUAGUUCAACUUUAUAACCUAAAAGAAGCACCAGUCUUCUCCAGAGCACCAGAGUGUGGUGGAGGCUCCUUCUUUGGAAGCUUUUAAACAGAGGCUGGAUGGACAUCUGUCAGGGGUGAUUUGAAUGCAAUAUUCCUGCUUCUUGGCAGAGGAUUGGACUGGAUGGCCCAUGAGGUCUCUUCCAACUCUUUGAUUCUAUGAUUCUAACCCCCCCCCCCCCCAAAUAAAACCUGGUUUACUCAAGAAUUUUAACUGGUUAACCAAGUUAUGAAUAAACCAGGUUUCUUUUUUAACUUGACAGAUUUCAGGGCAGGGUUAAACUUUAACACACACACACACACACAUGGCUAUGGCCCUGCCUACAAAUACAGAGCAAAAGGAGAAACAUCAUCCCAACACAGAAAUAAGCUCAGCAGUUGCUCCAUCUACUGUAUUUUAGGGCUUCUUGUACCAUACAUUCACAGCUUUACGAAGAAAUGGGAAUGGAGUGAGUCAAAGUAAACAUCCAGUUCUCUGUGGCUUAGGUUUCCAUUUUGCAGUGGUGUGGGUUUGUUUUUUCCCAGUAGCCACAGUGAAUACUAAUAGCAGUUUGAUUUGCUCACUGUCCAUAUUUUUAAAAAUAUCUUGCUGGUAGCUAUGGAGCUCAGGCCAAGCAUCCAGGGGAGACUAAUAAAGCCCACUGUUAUUAAGUGUUUCAAUAGAAACCCUUCAAGGGCAUUCAAGCAUGGCCCUCUUCUCUGCCAAUCCAGCCCUGCUCCAUUCCCCUGUCUUUCUCUGCUGCAUGGGGUGUCAGUUGUGUGGUCUGUAGUGUUUUUGAGGUGAUGUUUUGUUUUGGAGUGGGGCACUUGUAGCCUAUAAAGGAUGUUUUGUGUGUUUUGCGUUAUUCUUUCGACAGACGUGAUUCUGAUGAUUUCAAAAAUACACAGCAGUUGCCUCUAUUCUUGCAGAACAGGGGAAGCCUUUAUAAGGCUGUGUAAAUGGCAGAGCUUGGACAAAUUAUUUCUUUGGGCUACGUCUCCUGUCAUUGCCCUGGUCUGCGUGGCUAUUAUCCAAAAAAGCUUUUCUAGAAAGAGCAAGUAACGUUUCCAAGCUCUGAUGAAAUGGUUACCUGAACUUGAAAAGCAGGAACUUUUUCCCCGGGACAAUAGAGCAAUUGAUUGUUCAGAGGAUGAGAGAGGAGGAAACCAGAAGAUGGGAGACUUGUGUGCCUUGAAGCUGGAAUUGGUUGCAAGAAGGAAAAAGGAGUUGGGUAUGCAUAAGGACAAGCCUAAUAGAGAAGUAAAUGUAUGUAAAGUGAGAACUGGGAAGGAGGAAGAUGAAUUGUGUGCCAAGAUAGCCAGACUCUGUGCCAGGAAAACCAGCAACUUCCCUAGCGAUGAACACAUGAAGUUGCUUAGCUUUCUUCGUUUAGAUAUUUACUCAUUGGUAAUUGUAUUCAAAUCAAGACCAGGAAGCCAAUGUGGUGAAGUAGAUGGGCUGUAGGAAUGGGACCUCAGUUCAGAUCUCCACUUAGCCAAUAACGCUCUUGGAAUGAUUUUGCUUAAAUGACUCUCUCAGUUGACCUACCUCACAGGGUUGUUGUGAGGAAAAAGAGUGGAGUAGUGAUCUUAUUUUCUUUUAGCUAUUUCUGGAGAAAGGUCAGGAUGAAAAUUUUGUAAUAACUCUUAUUCAGGAGCACUAUACAGAUUCUGGUUUUUGAAACCAGGAAAGUCUGGCUUGAAACCUGAAUCUGAAUCUGAAGCCUGAAGAAUAAGUGCUAAGUAGGUUGUUGUAGGUUUUUCAGGCUAUAUGGCCAUGUUCUAGAAGCAUUCUCUCCUGACGUUUCACCUGAAUCUAUGGCAAGCAUCCUCAGAGGUUGUGAAUAAGUGCUAAGCUUAUUCAUAUUUGACUUAAAACGGUUAUUGUGAUUGCCUGUGGCUAAACAAAAAUACAGGUAUGUCUUGGUUAACAAAUCUAGGCACUCCCCAAGUUACAAACAUCCAACUUUCAAAUGACUCAAAUAAGAACAGGGGUGAGACAACAGGAAGUGAGGGAGAUUUACCCCUAGGAAGGGAAAUUCACUCCUGAAAGAGUUAUCAUGAGGAAAAGGAGCCUCCACUGAAGCUUUAUCACCAAUUCUUGUUUCCACAACAAGGUGAAAUCUUCUGAACAACAAAAGGUACAGACAGCAAAACAAACAUCACAGCAGUUCACCCUUCCCUAUGCUAUCCACAUCUCUCUCAUAUCUAUUAUCUAUACACAUAAUUAACUUGAAAAUGUGUGUAUGUGGCGGAGAUGUUCACUUCAACAGCUUCCGACCUCCACAAACAGGCUAUAGUUCAAGUGCUGAGAAGACUCCAAAGACACUCCCUCCACUAAUAUUGCUGGUUAGAGCGAGCACCAUGAACAUGUCUCCCAACCCCUGCCAAUGCUCUUCCCAAACACCACACUGCACAUCCAAAUGAAGGCUUUUAUUCAGGGACAAUUUCAUCCUAGAUGUUCUGUUUUUCCUUCAGAAUAGACAUCCCAGGGUUCCUUACUCUCUCUAUUGAUAUGCAAUUUGCAUGACUCCGCCCACUGCCUUUCCCUUAACCCUCUCCUGCCCACUAAAUGAUAUUACCUACACCCCAAAACAAACAAUGCCUUUCUCAAAUAACUCGGGCACCACCGGGUACUCAAGUGUGUGUGUGUGUGUGUGUAUAUACAUGCACACACACGGAUGGAUGGAGUUACACUUUAGAAAUGCACCUGUUUAGACUUACAUACAGAUUCAACUUAGGAACAAACCUAUCUUUUUCGUACCUUGGGGCUGCCUGUAGACAUGUCGCUGGCCAUUACUUUUUAACAGAAAAUUUGGUACAUAGAAAGAAUGGAGACAGAUUCCUACCUUACAGAAUAGUUUAAGUAACUAUUCCAAAUGAAUACUAUGCACAUGGGAAAUCAGACUUAGAUAACUAUAUGUGCCAUUGACUGGCUACAGUAAAAUUCCACUUUCUCUCAUGUGAAGAUUUCCUGCAUUGGUUUCUAAAGGCAUACUGAUGCAAUCUGACAUCCACAUCUGUAUUGCUACAUCACUUUUUCACCAUCAUAAUACAGACACUGUUAAAAAAAUUCCACUAGUCAGAUGAAGAAGAAGACAAGAGAGAUGUGGAGAUGUAGAGAGGCAUUAAAAGGGAACUUCUUUGCCAGCGGCUUUGUUAGCUGAGGUGUACCUGUAAAUUAUUAUGCCCUCUCUCUAUCUUAAAGGCCAAAAAAAAUCCUCAUUACUUGAUGAAAGUUCAGGGUCUUAGGCUGCUAAUUUCAAAGCCCAUGUUAUCUGCUUGGGUGGCACAACUGGAACAUGCACCAGUGUCUAUAAGUCAUGGAUUCACCUUAUUUAUUUUGUUCCCAGCUAUAACUGGCAUCAAUAUAUUAAAAGGCAUCUGAGGAACAGAGGCACUGAAAGCAGCCAUGACUGAGGUAUUAUCCAUUUCAUGUGCCAAUAUAGGAUCUGCUUUUGCUUGCAAAUGCCAAAUGUUUUGUGUGACUAUGUAGUACGUGAUUCCUCUAUGACCCACGAACACGGCAUGUCAUCACGUGGUUGUGCCCUCAGGCAACAUGGGCACAGCUUUAAUGGUAACCGCUUGGCUUCCUAGGAACUGUUUUGCUAGUUCUGUCCACAUAACUGUUGAACAGCAGCUGCCUAGCUGCCCCCAGAAAGUUCACAACCACAUUCAGAGGGUGGUGGAUUUUUCAGCUCCUGUUUGUCCUCUCCACCUGGAAGUCAGAAGGCAUGCAUGCAGCAGUCUUAAUUGUUUAGUUGUCAUUGCAGAUCAUGUUCUUGUUGGGUUGUUGUGAGUUUUCCAGGCUGUAUGGCCAUGUUCCAGAAGCAUUCUCUCCUGACUUUCCAGAUAUUGGUGGUGCUAUCUGGAUCCUCUUGGAAUUGAAUCUCAAAAUAUCUAAAGGUCCAUAUCUCUUAUGUAAAACUUAGACCUGUAAAUGACAACUUAUUAACAAUAGUUCCUCCUAAGUUCCUGGAGCAUGCCCCUGAUCUUCUGAUGCUGAGGACAAACAGGUUGGCUUUUCAUUGGGUUUGCUGGAAGCAUUCUACUCCUCUUUCUUUGUCUGGGUUUCAACUGUAGAAACAGUUUUUAUGUUACAGCCACAGUUACAGCACUGAGGUUUCUGAUGUAAAAGUGAAACCAAAAGUCGCAGGAGUUCUUGGUGCACAAAUUAUAACUGUUGAGUAGCUUAAGAACAGUUUUCUUGAGCUUGUGAGGUUUGCUGAAGGAAACAUCACCAUUUGAUAGCAUAUAUUAGACUUUUAAGAUCGACACCUUCCAGUGCUCCAGUAUCUUUGUUCUUGCAACUCUACAGCAUCCCUCUGUGAGGUCUGCCCUUCUUAUUCCCUUUCUAUACCACCCUUUCUUAUUAAAGCACCCAGAGCCUGAACUGACUUCAGCUGUUGAUGUAUGGCAUGGACAAACGUUAACUUUUGUUUACAUUUCAAUAAAGUUUGGAUUUUUUAAAAUUUCA